CUAAAAUUCAAAUUUUUUCGCCCUAAAUUAUACCAAAUGGACAAUUUUAUCCCUGAUUUUAAUAAUAACAAAAAUGGAAUCCCCUCCCCCAAUCACAUUCCUCGCCACCGGCCUCCGGUCCGCCGUUGGAAUCCAAAAGGGCGACGUCGUGCUUCUCCUGUCCCCGAACUCGAUCCUGUACCCAACAAUCUGCAUCGCCAUCAUGUCCAUCGGCACGAUUCUCACUCCUGCCAAUCCCAUUAACACAAGCUCCGAAAUUGCCAAACAGACCAACGAUUACACGGCUAAACUCAUCGUCGCAGCUCCUGAACAGCUCCAUAAGCUGAAAUUGAUCGGAGGAAUUCCCGUGUCACAAUGCUGUGACGGUGAGGGACGAGGAGAAAACCAAGCUUAAUCAUGUCCUCUGAGUAUAAUUAGGAGAUCAGAUUUGAAGUGGUAAUUGGGUUGAGGGAGAGGGACGAGGACAAAAUCAAGCUUAUUGAUGUCCUCUGGGUAUAAUUAGUAGUACAUAAUUAGGCAGAGGUGGCAGGUGAAAGAGGAAGAGGAUAUGGACGUCGCCGAUUGCUUCUUCCUCACCUUCCUCCGCAGAUGACGGCGAUGAGAGAGGAGUUGGGACUUGGGAGGUGCUGUUGUCGGUGGUUGGAUUGAGAACGAAGGAUGGUAAUUGGUUUAAGGAUAAAUGUGUAAUUUCAUGUGUUUUAGGGCGAUAAAUUCAAAUUUUUAGG